AUGACCAUGAGUCAAUCGGCACUCAUUCAAGUUGUACAAGAAGCAUCUUGUUGGGCUGGCUUGAGCAUCGAGAUUGCGGAGGAAAGGUUCACACGGCUCACAAAUCUGGUUCUGGACAACAACCUCUUGACAACAUGCAAAGGGCUGGGGGCCCUGGAAACCCUUCAGGUUUUGAGACUGGAAGGGAACAGAAUCAUCGACACUCGGAGUCUUGCCAGGCUCACAAACCUGACGUCACUGGACCUGAGCAGGAACCAGAUUAAGAAGCUGCAGGGCUUCUCCAACCUGGUUCGACUGGAGGAGCUUACCCUCGACCACAAUCAGCUGACGUCACUGGAGGGCCUGGGAAAAUGCACCGGGCUCACGGAGCUCAGUCUACGGAACAACCGGAUCGCUGACCUGUCCGGGUUAGCGCCCUUAACCCGGUUGGACGUCCUUCGGCUGGAGGAGAACGGAGUCGAGGGGCUUGAACUUCUGCCGAUGCUGCCAGAACUCACGGAGAUCCACAUCGGACGCAACCGCCUCUCGUCGCUGGACGGCCUUUCGGACAAGCUGCCGUCGCUCGAGAUCCUGGACGCUGGUGGGAAUGCGGUCCCGAGCUCGGAGAUCUGUGCACGCGCGCUCGCGCCCCUCGAGGCGCUUGCGGAGCUGACACUGGCAGGCAACCCGCUGUGCCAGGCUUUCCAGUCGAACCGGGGCUACCGCAAAGCAGCCCGAGAGGCGCUGCCGUCUUUGUCUUUCUUAGACGGCUUUCCGGUCUCUCAAGCCGAGGCUCCGCCGGAUCAACAAACUUCCGCUGACGGAUCCAAAGAGGGAAUGGCGUCAAACACGGACCUCAGUGGGGACCUCUUAAAAGGUAAUGGAGGCAGUCGUAGCCCGCCCAGUACUUGGGAACCUUUAAAUGACCCUUUCGCACCGAGCCUGGAAGAGAUGGAGGCUUUCAAGCGGCGGAUGGGCAUUCACCCGGACGUCGAUCCGUUCGGGCGGCCCUCGACGGCUGGCCGGAACUCCGGUGGCAGAACGGAACGGGCAACUAAUGGAGUUGAUUCAGGAGGUGUUCCGGCGCCUAGAAGAGGCAGCGCCGGAACGGAAGCUGGCAAAUGGAGUGGGAUGUCGAAGGAAGGCACUGACAGCGAAACGAGAACGAAAUCUGGAAUGAACGAAGAAGCGGAAGAGUUGGAAGCUAUUGGUAAACCGCAACGAUCACGAAGGGAGAAAAACUUCGACGAAGCAACGACAGCUGGAAUUGAAGCGGCAUCUCCCGGCGGGGAGCAUCGAACGGAACCGGGCAGCGGAACGGAACCGGAAAGCGCGGCCGCGCGGGCGCGGCAGAGGCACGUGAUGCGGGUGGAGGGUGCGCUUGCUGACAUGGGCGAACGGCUGACGUCAUAUCACGCGCACGUGACGUCAGUCAUCAGCAACCUGCGGCAGCGCCUAGUGGCGCCCACUCUAGACGCGGCCGCGGCCGCAAUGCUCGACAACGGUUACUUGGUAGCGGCCACCCGUGCGCUGCCCGCCGUCCCUCAGAUCGAUCUGGAAACGCCUCCCGGGGAGGAGGAUGACGUCAGCGGAAGAACGAACGACGUCAGCAAGGGUGAUGCGAACGAGAGCGGAAGUUUGCGGAGGCUCGGCAGCGAACGGAACGGAAAAGGAGCGAACGGGACGGAAGGUAGAGUGCCAAACGGAAUGGCGGGGGGGGUUGCUCAGAGUGGAGAAGGGGAGGGGGUGCUCAGCAAACAGCGUAGAUUCUCGGGGAAGAAAAGUUAUGUACAGGGACUGAAAAUUAGGACGGAUGCAGUUCCAGCUGACUUGCACGGAACCAGCAGCGGUAGACUUAGUUCGAGCGGAAACGGAACGGAAAGGUUGCCCGGGAAUCCCGAAAGCCGGGGGAUCACAAGGCGCCGAAUGAGCGCUGAUGCCACUUUGGUGAAUAAGCACGUGACAGUCGAGUCGCUCGAGCGGGCCACCAGGAUCCUGCCACGUGGCACUAAACGAGUUGGAGCAGACCGGGGGAGCGAACUAGAACGGGCGGCGUUGACGGACAGGGGACGAAGGGACAGGGUGAGAGUCCAAGACAUGGGCGGAAACGGAAACGGAAAUGGAACGACGGUCAGGACUGCAAAUGACGUCAGCCUACGCCCGCUCAGAACGGGUUUGGCGGAAAGGCGGGCUCCGAAAGCUGUUUGGUUGGAGGAACCGAAGGCAACGGACGAUCGGGUAAACGGAACAGGUGGCGAGGUACGUACUGCGGGGUCGGAAGGUGCUGACGUGAGCGUACCGGACGGCAAGCCGACGGCCGAAAAGGAGAAGAAGACUCCGCGCAGUAACAGCGAGCCAGACGUCCGCCCCGCUAAAGAAGCGCUGGAGCUCUUCUAUAACAUGUUCCCGGAAUGCGCUGGAGACGGGCGGGCGGAUUCCGCCGGGAAGGAGAAUCUUGCUGGGGGGACCGUCAAGCGAGAACGACUGUCCUGGAAGGAGAAUCGCAGCGAAAGCACCGCCGUCGGAUCGCAGGUGUCUGCGAAUCGGACUGCACGGAGUGCACCAGCAGCUGAAUCCAUGAAAAAGAGAAGUACUUACGAAGAAAUGGGUGUUAAGAACGAAGGGGCGAGGGGUGCUGGUUCCUUCAGGUCAAAGGCCGCCUUUGCCGCUGCAAGACUAGAAACAGAUCCUGGGGGGAAAGAAAGGCCUCUGAAGUUGCCCCUUAUUCCGGUUACACCGACCAGCCAAGCCCAAAAGUGCGGACGAAGUGGCAAUAGGAGAGUCUCAAAUAGGAAUCGACCACCAGCCGAUGACAAACUAUGUCGCCCCUUCGUGUCUGUCGAUUGAGACAGCUGUCGUAAACUUAAAGUCGUGUUGGUAAGAGCUUCAGGCAUCCGCGUCUCAGUCUAUGUGCAGUGCCGACUCAAGGGCCUCUGUCCCGAAGGAUGACUG